AUGGCGACGGCAACGGCGACGGCGACAGGACGGGUGGGGUCGAGGGCGAGGGCGACGGUGAUGGUGAGAAGAUGGGCCAGGUUGAGGUUGACGGCUGGGGUGAGGGCGAGAGGACUAGCAGCUCUGGCGUUGGAAGCGGGCAACCUCCAA